CACAGAGGGAAUAAGAUGCCAUUAUUGGGCAGCAGCUCAUGUCAAGUCGUGUUCCGUCUCACAGCAGGAUUGCUUUUUUCUUUAUUCUACCUCCAGAGAAGGGAAAAGAGGGAGGAAAAAGUAUCCAUCCAUCGGGUCGGGUCGGGUCGGGUCGUGGUGGCUUCCUCCCCGUCCGCCUCCCUCCACCGACUCUCCUCUCCUGUCCAAAAUCCUCUCCUCUCUGGCUCUCGUGUUGCUGCUCGGCUCGCUCCCCACCUUAUCCCCUCGCGCGGCGCCACCAUGGCCUCCUCUAUCGCCGUGUCACUCCGCUCCCUCGCCGCCGCCUCCCUCCCCAAGCUCCCCACCCCUUCCUCCCCAUUCCUCGUCCUCCUCUCCCCGACGCCCCCACGCCUCCUCCACCUCCGCUCCGCCCGCCGCCUGCCCCUCGCCCCGCUCGCCGCCUCCGACUCCUUCGAGUCCUCCGCCGCCGUCGACUUGGCCGAGCCAGCCGCCGCGGAGGAGGCGGAGCCGGACCUUGUGUCCGAGGACGAGCUCGCGCCGGAGGAGGGGGCGGAUGAGGGCGACGACACCAUGGAGGCCUCCGCGGCCGUCGAGGAGGAGGAGGCAGAUGAGGGCGACGACACCGUGGAGGCCUCCGCGGCCGUCGAGGAGGAGGAGGUCGGGGAGUACGUCGAGCCGCCCGAGGAGGCAAAGGUGUACGUCGGCAACCUGCCCUACGACAUCGACAGUGAGCGUCUCGCACAGCUCUUCGAGCCGGCCGGCGUCGUCGAGGUCGCCGAGGUCAUUUACAACAGAGAAACAGAUCAGAGCCGUGGAUUUGGGUUUAUCACAAUGAGUACCAUUGAGGAGGCUGAGAAGGCUGUGGAGAUGUUCCAUCGCUAUGACAUCAACGGAAGGCUUCUGACUGUAAACAAGGCAGCUCCUAGAGGAUCUCGUGUGGAGAGACCUCCCAGACAAUUUGGGCCUUCUUUCAGGAUUUAUGUGGGCAACCUGCCUUGGCAAGUGGAUGACUCUAGAUUGGUACAGCUGUUCAGCGAGCAUGGUAAAGUAGUUGAUGCCAGAGUUGUCUACGACAGAGAAACUGGGCGUUCACGGGGAUUUGGUUUCGUUACAAUGGCGACUCAGGAGGAAUUGGAUGACGCUAUUGCUGCCCUUGACGGACAGAGUUUAGAUGGCCGUGCUCUGCGAGUGAACGUUGCAGAGGAGCGACCGCGACGAGGCUUCUAAUGAGGCUGUGUGUGUAUGGGGGGGGGGGGGGGAUCAUAGGAGCAUCAUUCAUAGUGCGUCUGAUACCGAUUUAGACCCUCCUAUGUUGCUGGGCUCUCUAUCCUCGCUUUCUUUUCAUGUUCCCUCUCGUUGCUAUUUUGUUGUCAUGAGUUGAUGUACUGUAGGCUACUGUUAUGAUGCCCCUAGCUCAAUUUGUCGAUGCAAUCCAAAAGUUUUGUCUGACAUCUAUUUAAAGAAUGACCUGCGUUGGGAUA